GGUCUGCUGACAACAAUAUAUGAAAUCCUCGUCGGGUAGACUUUUACCAGCACGCACAGUGAGCAGCUCUCGCGGAACGUACAGAUUUUGUACGUGACAAUUAUUUUCAUUUUUAUCAUAAUAUUGGGAUCUAAACAGGAAUAAGCACUUAAUAUCCUCGUUCGGUCGGCCAGCUCAAUAAUUAUUACAUGAUAAAGUCCAUGUCCUGUCUCGUUUAUGUUGAAGUGAUUGGAGUUGCAUGCGUCUUCAUGAAUUUAGCUUCUUGUCGGAUUUUAUUGACGUUUUCACCGAAAUGAAAUAUUAUAAUAAAGUAAUAUCCGUCAUCAUCAUAUUGUCUCAUUAUACUUGCAAGUAUGGUACAAUUUCAGCUAGCUGUGCCAAGCCAGAUGUUAUACCUAACACCGUAACACCAUGGGUUAACCAAACACUGGACACAGGGUCCUAUAUCAGAUGGGAGUGCAGUGCUGGAUACGUCAUGCAGGGUAACACUAACACUGUUCUAUGGGUGUGCCUCGAGGAUGGGACCUGGCUUGGUCAUGAUCCCAGUUGCACAGUUAUUGAAUGCCCUUCGCCACCCAUCGCUGCCUAUUCUGAGCUCGAGACUCCAUUAACAAAUUCUCCAGUAGUUAACGAGACAAUAACAUAUGCUUGUAGCAGCAAUGACUAUACGCUGAUGGAUAAUACGGGAAAUAGAUGUCUUAUGGACGGUACAUGGGAGAAACAGCCCCCAGUAUGCAAAAUAAACUGCCAGACGGGAAAUUACAUCAGACGUUAUUCUGAUCUGGUUUGCUACCGCCAACGUGACUAUGGCAACGAGAGAGAAUGGGAAUCAUCAUUUAACCUCUGUCAUAAUAACAGGAACUUUCUUGCCACUGUGAAAGAUGCUGAGACACAGUCUUUCCUCGUCAAAUUCGUUGGGCAGAGCAUUGGUGAAGACACUUGGAUCGGUGCAAAGGAAGGACUGGAUUGGAAGUGGAGACAUAGCGAUGAAUAUAUAAAACGCUUCUUUUGGAAAGAUCCAUUUCCAGAUGCAUCUGAAGGGAAUUUUAUUGAAAUGUCGUUUGAGGAUGGGUCUUUUUCAUGGAAUCCACAGUCAUCUGGUGAAAAGAAUGGCGUAAUCUGUCAGUACGGUCAGUCUUGCCAACAUGCCGGGCUCAACCAAUCGGACACAGUUCUAGAUUACAUGGGCAUCUGUUUUCAAUUCAUGAAUGUAUCAAACAAUUGGGAUGAUGGAGUGAAAACAUGCAAUCGGAGCGGGGGAUUCUUGGCUGAAAUACUCGACAAUAGCACAAAUACGUUAUUGGUAGAACGCGCCCUUGAUCUGAGGAAAAAUAUUGGAAACACGGCGUGGUGGAUAGGUGGAUAUGAUGCAGACGACAGCGAAAGAUCCUGGUAUUGGUCUGACAAAACCCGAGUCAUAUAUAACGCAUGGUACAGUGGCAGACCGGAUAAGAACAAUCAUGAUUGUGUAGAAAUGAAGGAAAAUCAUGAUUACAAAUGGGAUGAUUCAUCUUGUAGCAAAAUGAGAAAGACAUUGUGUCAAAUAGGGCUUCCUGCCUGCGGAGACCCAGGUCAACCUUUACAUGGGAAUCGUUUACCAGACGAUAGAACAACUUACCUGGACGGAGCGACUCUUCAUUUCAGCUGUAACGAAGGCUUUAUAUUAUCAGGGGAAGAGAUCCUAACGUGCAUGACGAAUGGCUCAUGGAAUCACUCAAGACCAUUUUGUGAAGCUGUUAAAUGUGAAGGAAUGCCGCUAAAUGUUACUCGAGCAUCAAAAAGCAUGGUACAAUCAGCAUAUUAUCGAGACACAACCGUAUAUACAUGUGAUGACGGUUAUAUUCCUGACAACGUGCCAAUCAGCUUCUGUCAACAUACAGGCAAUUGGAGUAUUCCUAACUUUACAUGUUCAGCUCUUAGUCCGUGUUACAGUAACCCAUGUUUGAAUGGAGGAACAUGUAGUGUGAACGGAUCGUCACUCAUCUGUACGUGCCCCGAAGGAUACAUUGGAACAACAUGUGAUGAAGAGUUCGACCCAUGUGAUAGCAAUCCAUGUAUAAAUGGUGGAUCGUGUUUUGAAAGUGGAUCAUCGUUCAGUUGUACAUGUUCAUCCGACUACACUGGUCCAACGUGCGAUGAAGAAAUACCAAUGACAACAACUGUCCAUUCAUCGACUUCAUCUUCUAUCUCAAAGUUUACUAAAACCACUGGAUCACUCACAGAGCUUCUUGCAUCAACGACUUAUUCAUCAAGUUCGCUUUUAACAUCAUCAGCUUUCACCACUUGGCAUUCCACAAAACAAGCACAAACAACUGAAGCAAUAACAGAAAUUCCAGAGGGAAAUCCGGCCCCGCUGGGAGCUAUCGCAGCUGGCAGCUCAGUUGCAAUUCUUUUCAUCAUAGUGUUUAUCAUCUUCACCGUCGUCUUUUUUCGAAGGCAUCGAACACCAAAACGUAUUAUAAAGGAUGACGAAAACGAAAUGGAAAACUACGCUGCGGUAGCAAACAGCUACGAAGAAAGCAAACCGGUAAACGGCACUCCUCACGAACCAUACUAUCUAACACUCGUACCCGAAAGUGAUCACAAUGGCGGUUCCGUGGAUCACGUUGCUACGCAACCGCAUCUUGGGAAUGGCGGAGUCCAUAAGGACCCAAACUAUUUUGUUAAGGGCUUGAAUGAUUGGGCAGAAACUGAUGCCAAGGAGGGUUUUGUAGACAAUGUCUUGUAUGAAGCGAGUGAUGAACCAACAGUGAAGCCAUCAUCGUUGAGUUCGAACUGUCAUAAAACAUCAAAUAGCCAGGGGAUACUCUCAUCAAAUCACGUGAUCGAUGAACAUCAUGGAUCACGUGAUAAUAAGAGCGAUGCAACAAAUGUGGACGAAGAUGAUUACAUGAUUGAGAAUGAACUCUACAAGGCACAACCCCCGACAACUCCCCGCAGCCUUAAUCUCGAGUCGGUGGGUGAUCAGGGGACUGAUGACGUUUACGAGAACCCUGAUGAAAAUAUCUAUACAGACUGUAAAGAUGACGAUAUCCUGAUUGAAAAUGAGCUUUAUGGCGUUCCGUCCCCGACGACCCCUCGCGCUCACAAUCCCGACGCUGUGGUCGAUAACGUCAAUGACGCCGUUUAUGAAGACCCUGACAAGACUAACUCGAUAGUAGAGAACGGUGCUGCGACCCCAUCAGCAACCCGGGCCGCUUAUGAGAAUCAUACGGUCGUUGAUGAGGUGAAUGAUGGGAUUUAUGAAGAGCUAAAUGACGAUGCUGAUGCACCGCCUACUUCCCGCGUCGCUUAUAUCAACGAAGCGGUCGAUGAUGACGUUUAUGAAGCAGUGGGUGAUGCCGGUGAAAUGGUUGACAACGAACUCUACAUUCCUGCAACAUAGGUCCUCCCCCGCCGCCAUCAUGACCAUCCUUUGCUCGGCGCCGGGUCGAUGAUCACGGAAUUCAUGGCGUUUAGUCCUAUAGAGGUUGUCGACGAUGAAAUUGGCAAUUUAAGGAUACGGGGCUGUUUUGCCGCCAAACUACCGCGCCGAUGGGAUAACGAUGCAUUCGUUAAUGAGCCUACUAGGAGACAGUGUGGUCAAAGGCUAGACAUUGGGAAGUUUUCACAACUCCUACGCAGACGCUUUCUGGAACGUAGAGAAUCUAUUGUGAAAUGCCCGCCAUGACAAUGAAGUCUUUGUCGAGGGUCUGUGAAUCAAAACAACAGCUCCGUCCGUGACUCUGGACAAACGGCAUAUUUGCCAGUUUUCGUCAGUUCUGAAACUUCGGACGAAACUGCUGUUCCAAUUUAUCAACCGUCGACAAAGACUUCUUUGUGACUUGACUAGUAUUAUCAAUUAAUUAAUGUAGGAUUCAUUCUGCGUUGCUCGGCGAAAACUAUGUAACAACGUCAAAAGCGAAACGAAGUGAACAUGUGCUGAUAUUCUCGAUAUUUAUGAAAACUGCUAUUUACAAAAGGCGAUUUGAAUUCGAGUAACCGACUGUAUAUAUGUAAUCCGUCCAGAAUUUAUACUUUGAAUUGUGAUAAUAUAAUAAUAAUUCAAAUUAUAUUCUGGAACUCUUAUAUCUCAAUUGUACAUGUAAGGGAAAAAAGUUUGAUUUUCUAUUGCGCUUUCUUGUGUCAUAUGCUGAAACCGUUAUGUGGACCUCUCUCAUUUCUCUUUCCCUCGCUUGCUAUUCAGUGUCUGCAUCUUCCAUUUUUCUGUUAUUUCUCAUUCUUCUCCCUUUUCUUUCCCUCCUGCUCCUUUUUCUCACUGUUCUCACUUUCUUGUUCCUCUUCAUCCUCCUUCUUCCUCUUAUUUUUCUUUUUCUUCUUCUCCUUCCUCGUCCUUUUGUUCCUUUUCCUCUUCUUCUUCUUACCCUUCUCCUUCUUCUUUUCCUCCUUCAUAUUCUUCUUCUUUUCCUCCUACCUCUUUGUGGUAUUAAUUUCCUUAUCUUUCUUCUUCUGCUCAUCCUCCAUCUUCUCCUUUCUCUCCUCUCACACAACUAUCUCAUUAUUCAGUACUAAAAAACCUUAAAAGAAAUAGGUUAUAAGCAACUAAUUCAGUAGUGUUGUGAUGCCGUAUUUAUUCAUCGUCAUCAUUUGCCAUUUUCAUUUUGUACGAAAUAACAUAUUAAGUCAGCGACAGUACUUUGACAAUAUCUUUUUUCUAUGUACAAGUUCAUUUACAAUAUAAAAAAUGAAACUGGCAUUAAAAAAUAAACUUCUGUAACAGUCAUUCGUGUUCAACAAAAAGCAACAUGUUUGGCCUAUAAUUAUAUCAGUAUAAAUGUAAUAAAAAUGCAAGUUGAAACAUAAAUCUAAAAGUCGAUGGGAAUUUUGCAUUUUGUUAAGUUGUGGUUAACAGGUACUUGUAUGUACGUGAUGCAUGAAUUAAGGAAAAACAAUGCAGAAAGUAUUUCCACUACUUAUCUAAUGAGGAUAGCAUGAAGGUUGCACAGAACAGAUUCUUCUUGAAGUUUAUGCAUUACUUUAAACUUUAAAUUCGAGUUGGAAAGAAUAAGGCGGAAAGGCGUAAAAGAUAAGCAUGCCCUUAAAUGUGACCUUUUAACUCUUCAUCAGUAUUUUGUAAUAUCUCAAAUACCAUUGUGCAAAUAAAAUUGAGACAUCAAACAUGAAA